GAUCACUAUAAAACAUUUGAUUUAAUUUGGUAAUUUGCUAAGAGAUCUUAAUAAAAAUGACUGAGCAGAUGAAGUUUAUUCUGAAGGAAAUAAAUUCUACUUUAGGUAGAAACUAUGAUUUGAUCAAAUUCGAUUCAUUGGAUGAAAAGCAACUCCUGCAACUGCUCAUCGAUUUGUUGGUUCACUUCAAAGCUGGUGACAAAUUGGACGUUCGCGAAGAUGAUUUGGAGACGAUAUCGGUGCGACUUUUAGAGAUGUUGGGCAGUGUGAAGUAUCGUCCACCUGCGACCGUGGAACCCUCGCAGUUCAGAGCUCAGUUACUCGCCGGUGACUCAAGGACAAUCCACCACGUCAUGCAUUGGAUACUUACUAACAAGGAACAAGUUAAGAAGACCGCUUAUCUUGCAAAAUAUCUAAAAGUACCAGACAUUCCUCCCGAUGUAGUCCAGAACAACACUAUUCAAGAUCUUUUGGAUUUGUAUCAGAAUUUGAUGGACGAAUUCAAAGAAGUUCAUAAAAGAACAAGACUUUUGGAAAAGGAGAAUGCUACUGAGAUUAUCAAUGACAUCAAAGAAAUGGCAGUCGAAAGGGAUAUAGUGAUUAAACGUUUAGAAAACGUUCAAGUUCACUUAAUUGAUGUGAAUAAUAAGGAAGAAUUACUAAGCUACAGUAAAGCUUUGAGAUUACAACAAGAAAGGGCAAAGGAAUUGGAAAAUCAGUAUGAAAUGCAACAGUCGCAACUAAAACUAUCGUCCGAUCAGUUGAAGAGAUAUUUAAACGUUAUUCAUGGACAAAGCGCAACACCAAAAUCUGUGAAUGACGUGAUCAAACGUUUGCAAGAAGAGAUCCAGCUAAAUAAUUAUCUAGUCAAGGAAAAGCUACCACAGGAAAGUGCACAACUACAAAAAGAGCUCAACAUAAUGCAAAACGUUGCUAUGGAACAACAUCCAACGCGGUCAGACAUUGUCGCCGUGCAAGAAAAGUUAGCGGCAGUGAACAGCGAAGUGGAGCAGACGGUACAGCGUCGUCUGGCCGCGGCAGGUCCUCAGGACGACAAGCUGGCACCGUUCCGUCAACAAGCGACAGUUAUCAGGCGCAAUAAGGAAGCCAGUGCAGACCGUGUCAAUGACCUCACUGCCACUCUUAAGGAGCAUGAGGCUGUACUGGCUGAUUUGCAGUCGCAAGUGAAGCAACUUCUAGGAGAUAUGGUAUUAAGAGGUGAAGAAUUAAAGAAAUACGUAAGUUCGUUACGGACAAAGAGUUCCUUGUACAAACGUCAGCGAGCUAACUUGGCCACAUUUAAGGUAGAAGCUGGAAUACUAUCAAGAACAUUAAAUAUUCUGAACACCGCAGACCCAACGAUCGAGAUGGCAUUGCUCAAUCACAAAAAGAUGAAAAUAGAUGAAGACGAUUUGAUAGAAAAAGACAGGAAUAAACCUUCAGAGAUUGCGAAAAAAUCUUUACAUGACUUAUCACAGAUCGUAGCACAAACGGCUCAAAAGCUGUCAGAAAUGCGUCAAGAAAUACAACCACUUGCAGACAAGAUUAAACCAAUAAAAGAUGAAUAUCAAACGGUACAACAGCAAUACGAACAGAAGAAAAGAAUAUACGAGGCGACGUCAAUCAACAUUACUUCCCAGAUGGAGCCUUUGAAGAAUCAAGUCAAAGAGUUGACUGACAAGUUGAAUAGUAAGGAGCUCGAGUGGAAAAAUCUGCGGCAGAAAAUAACAAAAGCUGAAAGCUUACAAGAGGACGUGAUGUUUGAAAUGAAAAAUGCAAUGCAGUCGCCGCGUAAACCCUCUAAAAUGGAAACAUUGAAAAAGAGAGUCAAAGAAUUGGAGGAAAUAGUAAAGAAUUUAGAAGAGGAGCAACGCGAGAUCAGUUCCCGACAGGGAGAGGUUGAGGAGCAGAUCCAGCUGUGGGAGGGCACGCUGCGCUUGUUGCGCUGCAAGUUGCAGGCUCGUACAGAGACUGUCCCGCAGGGCAAGAUGCAUAUCACUCAGCAUUCACAAAUGCUCACGCUUAAUUAA